CGCGCGAAUGCUCUUUGUUUCUUAAUUCUGUUUUCCUACAAACAAUAGGAAAACAGAACAGAAGCCGUCCAUUACUAAGGGCCUCUCUCCCCCUCUCUCUCCAAAGCCCUAAAAACGUUUACCUUUAUCGUCUUUGACGCUCUCAAUUCUCCACCCGAUCCAGUAUUCAAAUCCGCUUAUUUUAGAUCUCUACGCCAUUUGUUUUCGUCAUCAGAAUUUAGAUCUAUUGAUUUGCCUCCAUGUCUCGCUACGAAUCCAACCCUUUCGCGGAAGAAGAAGUGAAUCCGUUCGCGAAUCCUGGAAGUGUUCCCCCUGCAAACUCAAGGCUUUCACCUCUGCCUCCUGAACCUUAUGAUCGUGGUGCAACAAUUGAUAUUCCUCUUGAUAGCGGGAAGGAUUUUAAAUCAAAAGAGAGGGAACUCCAAGCUAAAGAGGCUGAACUGAAGAAGAGGGAGCAGGAAUUAAAACGGAGAGAAGAUGCAAUAUCGCGAGCUGGAAUUGUCAUAGAGGAGAAAAAUUGGCCACCAUUUUUACCCAUUAUCCAUCAUGACAUUGCAAAUGAAAUACCAAUCCAUCUGCAGAGGCUGCAGUAUGUUGCAUUCACUACGUUUCUGGGUUUGUGCUUGUGUCUGUUGUGGAAUAUUGUGGCAGUGACCACGGCCUGGAUCAAAGGAGAAGGUCCAACGAUAUGGUUUCUUGCUAUCAUCUACUUUAUAUCAGGGGUUCCAGGGGCUUAUGUGUUGUGGUAUCGCCCUCUUUACCGUGCAAUGAGGACUGAUAGUGCUCUGAAAUUUGGGUUGUUUUUCCUUAUUUACCUGGUUCAUAUUGGCUUUUGCAUCCUUGCUGCAGUCGCUCCUCCAAUUAUAUUCAAGGGGAAAUCCCUUGCGGGUAUUUUGCCUGCAAUAGAUCUUUUGAGCAAGAAUGCAUUGGUUGGGAUAUUUUACUUCAUUGGAUUUGGACUGUUCUGCCUUGAAUCCCUGCUCAGUAUUUGGGUUAUUCAACAAGUUUACAUGUACUUCCGAGGCAGUGGCAAAGCUGCAGAGAUUAAGCGUGAGGCUGCUACGAGGACCAUGAUGUCUGCACUAUGACGUGUCUAAUGUGGAAUGGACAGAUGUACACGUGGAUGGACUUGAACUUGGAUUUCUCCUGGGGCAUGACGAAUUUCAAUCACUGGAGGAUUCCAUCGAUCCCUUGUUUUUACUCUUCAGUGUUGUUGAUAUGUUCACUUGCUAAUAUGAAACCAUCAUUCUUGAUGAAUGGAAAAAGUUGGAUAGAUAUGUUAAGUGGUGUGGCCUUAGGCAGCGGCUUACUUUAGGCAGACCUUGGCAUAUGAUUCCCCAUGUUUUCUUUCACAGGAUGCUCCUGUUUAUAUUUUUUGCCCGUAGGUUUUCCUUCUCUCUUUUCAUAAACAAAAGAACCAGUUAGAUUAGGUAUGCUGUUUUCUUUGUUAUUAUAGAUGUUGCUUGAGUUCAUCAUAUUGUAUUAUAGUUUUUUUUUUUUUAGAAUAUUGUGUUGUUUAGAACGCCCCAUAAAUUGCCCUGAUGAGUUGAGUACAUGGCAAUGAUUGAGA